AUGGCAUUGGGAAAGCCUUCGGCUGGCCAAGACACGUGUGGCCUGGCCAAGCUACAGUCAUCUUCCAACUUCACCGCCCAGCUGAGCAGCGCCGAUCUGUUCAAAGACAAAGGUCAAAGAACAGCUCACCAGCUGUCUGACCUCCAUGACCUGGAAGUAUAUGUAUCUCUCUUCCUGUUUGGUGAAGUGCAUAAGGAGCACUGGACGACUGAGCCUGGUACCGUGAUGGGAAUCCCAAACCCCAACCCCAUGAAGCCUAAAGAUGGAUAUGAUGGGGUCUCCUUGUCUGUGGACCACCCUCAGAAAGUGUUGUUGAUGGGGGAAGCUCAGGACUUUGGCACAUGUAAAGCAGCCAAGAAGAACGGAGAGCCCUGCUCUCAGAUUGUCAACCUGUAUGAGUGCCAUUACUGCCAGUACCAUGUCAAGGCCCAGUAGAAGCAGAUGAGUUCCCAGCAUGCCGAACUGCAGUCAUCUUUCUCUGGGAAGGUCACAGGGAAGGUCAAGGGGAAGACCAACAGCCUGAAUGGAUGACUCUGUCAGACAGGUUUGCCAUGUGGUGGCCUCUCCUCACCAACCUGCAGUGCCGCACUCCCAGGGGGCCCUACUGUCCCUGAAAGCCGCCUCAGUGGUCCCCAGGGCCCCGCUUCCCCCAACACCCCCACACUGGGGAGGGGCUUCAACGAGGGGGAGGAUAUCUUGUUUUUUGACGAUACUCCUCCCCCACCCUCAGCAGCACUAAGCCUAUCAGCCGCCAAAUUGGCUGCUCUGAAGAAGCUGAGAAUGAAGGGGUCAGGGCUGACCAGGGAAGACCCCAACUCUGUGAAGAGGAAGAGGAGCAACAGUUCGGCCAUCACCGUCAGGGUGCAGAAGAAUCUGUCCUCACCUAAUGUCAUCUUCCUCUGGGAAGGUCACAAGGAAGCUCAAAGGGAAGACCAACAGCCUGAAUGGAUGACUCUGUCAGACAGGUCUUCAUCUGGCUCCAAGAAGCCCACCCAGACCACCCUGGGGAACCUGUUUGUGAAGGGGGCCAACCAGCUGGCCAGCCAGGCCAGGAGUCUGGCCUCGGUGUCUGACAAUGUGACUGGCUGCUCAGACGACUUCAAGGACCUGCUUUCCUUGCCGACCCCUGGAUCCCUUCAGCUGAAGAAACACCUCACCAAACCCUCAAGUAACUCGUCUGCUGCAGGGGUCCAGUCUAUCUCGGCCUCGGACCUCCUGAAACAGCAGAAGCAGCUAUUGGAGAACCGUCGGCGGAGAGCGGAGGAAAUCUGGCCCAGAGUACUCCAGAACUCAGCUAGGUUGGGGGUGCCCAGGGCCCGUCCUCCAGCCCGGGGGGCUCUACUGUCCCUGAAAGCCGCCUCAGUGGUCCCCAGGGCCACCCAGAGCCCCCCUUCCCCCAACACCCCCACACUGGGGAGGGGCUUCAACGAGGGGGAGGAUAUAUUGUUUUUUGACGAAACUCCUCCCCCACCCUCAGCAGCACUAAGCCUAUCAGCCGCCAAAUUGGCUGCUCUGAAGAAGCUGAGAAUGAAGGGGUCAGGGCUGACCAGGGAAGACCCCAACUCUGUGAAGAGGAAGAGGAGCAACAGUUCGGCCAUCACCGUCAGGGUGCAGAAGAAUCUGUCCUCACCUAAUGGUGAACAGCCUGCGGUCGAGGAAGAAGAGCCCGCCCAGAAAAAGAGGCGGGAACAAAACAAUUAUGUCCAAUCAGAGGAGUUCAAGAAGAUCCUCAAUGCUAAGUCCUGCAAUGGGGCUGAACUUCAGGCGUGUAAGUACACCUACUUCAAGCCUGCUGAUCGCUGUGUGGAGGAGAAGCAUGAGCUGUGUUGGCACGAUGCCACCAAGCGCUUCUUCAAAUGUCCCUGUGGACAGAGAGCCAUCGCGCUGGACCUCCUGCCACACAAACUGCAGGAGAAAUCGGGGCCCAAGAUAGCAGGAGAGUUGCUGCAGCCUCGAGGGGAACAGCCCAUGUUUCUCAACAACAUAAAGUAG